GGCAUCUUCUCUUGAUCCCCAUUCAGUCCAUUCGGGCCGAGUGCCCCUCUUACCUAUAAAACCCAAGGGCGAUCCCCCAGUUUUCGACGGUUGCCCGCCAUGUCCUCUAAUUCAACCCUUCCACCGGACUCUGUGGAAUACCUCACCAAUGUAGUUGGUGUACAGUAUGCUCUUGUGGGCGCUUUUGUAUGGCUCAUGUAUGAUUACGUGCUCUGCAUUGGGCUUGAGGUCAAAUAUGUUUGGUUUGCACCCUGGGGGUUGCCAAAGCUGCUCUACGUUUGGACUCGAUAUCUGGGUAUAUUGCUUAUGGCCCUCAUGGUGUGGACGUCCAGCGCGAGCAAUGGCAAUCCGAGGAAUUGUGUUGCCUUCUUCAACAUUGAGACUUGGGGCAGCGUGUGGAUGAUGGGCACCGUGUCCAGUAUUUUGCUGCUUCGAAUUUACGCCAUGUAUGAGCGUAGCCGCAAGGUUGCGAUCUUCGGAGUUGUAAUCAGUGUUGGCCAAGUCAUCGCAGCCUGUGUAAUACUAGGCACACAGCUGGUUACUGUGUACACCCCACCAACCUUACUGACGCAAUUCGACUUCAGUGGCUGCUUCGUUGGAGAGAGUCCCCCUGCCCUAGUCACUUACUGGAUUGCUCGGCUGGUCUUCGAUAGUCUCCUCCUCGUCAUGGUUGGCUAUAAGAUGACUCACCGUUACGUCUCAUACAACAAAACUGACUUGCUUGACAUUAUGAUCAAGGACAAUGUCUCCACAUUCAUUUUCAUCUUCUGUGUGCAAUCCGUCAAUCUUUUCACCUUCCGUCUCGCACCCAAUGAACUCGCCUCCGUGGCACUACCGUUCUCCAUUGCAACGGACAUCAUCAUGAGCACCCGACUCAUCCUCCAUAUCCGUGAGGCCUUCUUCGGACCUGGCGAAGAAGCCGAACGCAGCGUCGACGACAAAACAAUUCCGCUUGCACCAUUGCGCGUACGCAGCCAAGGCGUGCCUUCUGUUCGCUCUCAUAACGGUCGCCGGCUCCGUGGGAGCGCUUCGUACCUCAACGAUAUCGACUUCGACGAGGACGAGUUCACGGAGGAGCACGGUGCUGCUGGUGUGAUGGUUACAGUAGAGGUCAGCACUGACUCCGCCCAACCAAGGCGGAGCGCGUUCAAUCCAAGCCAUGAGGCAAUGGACCUCGUCGGGAUGCAUAAAGGCUCUGACGGGGACGAUGAUUCACAUCGGAGCGAGGUGUAGGCAACACCGAAGCAGGACAGUGUAACCAAAACCAGGAUGGAAGGAUGCGGAAGGAUUACCAGACAAUCUUCGAUACCGUGCAACGCUUAUGUUUUUGGAUCUAUAUGUUUUGGGAUUGUGGUAAUAUCAUGGCUCGUUGCGUUCGUUC